UCACUAAAAAGAGGCUGCAGAUCAAAAGAGAAAGAUUGUGAGAAGAAGAAGAAGAUCAUAAAAGUAGAUAUAGAGAGAGACUUCAAUUUCAGGGGUGAACGGAAAAAGGAACAUUAGGGUUUCUUUCUAAACGCUGGCCGACUUCAAAGUAACCCUAGAAUUCCUAGUUUCGUCCACUUCUUCAACUCCAGUUCAGGAUUCAUUGGAUUUCAAAUCAAAGAAGAGGAAGAACAGGGUACGGGUACCCAAUUGGCUAAGCAUGCCCUGGAUUAUGAGAUUAUCUGGGUUUUUCUCUGUGGCAAUGGCUAUGAUCAUUUUCUCCCCAUCAUUGCAAUCAUUUCCGCCAGCAGAAGCCAUCAGAUCUUCUUCAAAUCUCCAACAAUACAUCCGAUUGUCUCCUGUCGAUCCAUUUUCCUUCAGAAAAGCACCAACAUUUCGCAAUGCCAACGAAUAUUGUAGGAUGGGAUUAAAGAAAACAGGAGGAGUUUGCGAUCCUUCUCUCGUCCACGUUGCGAUUACUCUUGACAUCGAUUAUCUUCGUGGCUCAAUCGCUGCAGUCCACUCAAUUCUUCAGCAUUCACGGUGUCCAGAAGAUGUAUUCUUUCACUUCCUUGUAUCGGAAACGAAUUUAGAAACCCUAAUUCGAUCCACUUUUCCGCAAUUGAAGUUCAAAUUGUAUUACUUCGAUCCAGAAAUUGUUAGAAGUUUGAUAUCCACUUCUGUAAGACAAGCUCUAGAACAGCCGUUAAAUUACGCUAGAAAUUACUUAGCCGAUCUGCUUGAACCAUGCGUGAGAAGAGUCAUAUACUUGGAUUCCGACCUCAUAGUUGUAGACGAUAUCUCAAAGCUAUGGGCGACCAAUCUAGGUAAGAAAACCAUCGGAGCGCCGGAAUACUGCCACGCGAAUUUCACAAAGUACUUCACAGACGGUUUUUGGUCGAACAAGCGGUUUUCCAGCACGUUUACCGACCGUAAACCUUGCUACUUCAACACCGGCGUGAUGGUGAUAGAUCUAGCAAAAUGGAGGCGAUUCAGAUACACGAAACAGAUCGAGAAAUGGAUGGAAAUCCAGAAAAACAGGCGGAUCUACGAGCUGGGAUCGCUGCCGCCUUUCCUGCUGGUAUUCGCCGGACACGUGGCGCCGAUCGAGCACCGAUGGAAUCAACACGGUUUAGGAGGCGAUAAUGUAAAGGGAAGCUGCCGGGAUUUGCAUCCAGGUCCGGUGAGUCUACUCCAUUGGAGUGGAAGCGGCAAGCCAUGGCUGCGGUUAGACUCAAAGCAAUCGUGUCCGUUGGAUUCGUUAUGGGCACCGUAUGAUCUAUAUGGAGAUUACUUGAAUAAUGUGCAGUAAUAAGUAAGUAAGUAAGUAAAAAAAUAAAUCUAUAUAAAUUUUUUAAUCUUUUACUGUUAUUAAAUUUUCACAUAAAAUACUGUCAUUCCAUUUGUAUUAUAUUACUAAUGCCUCUUUUCUUCCUCUAUUGGGGAAUGUAUGAAUGAAUGAAUAAUAAGAGUGCAAAUAAGAAAUCAUAUUUUU